ACGAAGGGAGGCGGGAAUGGGGGCGGGGCUAUCAAACAGGAAGUGUGGCGUUUUGCGCCCCGAGCUUUCCAGGAGGCCAUGGAGGCCUACGAGCAGGUCCAAAGGGGGCCCCUGAAGCUGAAAGGCAUCGCAGAGCUCGGAGUGACUAAGCGGAAGAAGAAAAAGAAAGACAAAGACAAGGCGAAACUCCUGGAAGCGAUGGGAACGAGCAAAAAGAACGAGGAGGAGAAGCGGCGCGGACUGGACAAGCGGACACCGGCCCAAGCGGCAUUCGAGAAGAUGCAGGAGAAGCGGCAAAUGGAAAGGAUCCUGAAGAAAGCAUCCAAAACCCACAAGCAGAGAGUAGAGGACUUCAACAGACACCUGGACACACUAACGGAGCACUAUGACAUUCCCAAAGUCAGCUGGACCAAGUAGCAGGCCCACCCCGGGUACCUACCGGAUGGCAUCGAGGAGGAGCAGAAGGCAACGUCGCAGUUAUGUUUGGGGUCUUGGUAUUUUUAGAAACAUUCUUGUGCACACAUCCUUGCGUCUUCUGCUGAGACAGUGCUUUUCAAAGCUGUGUGUCCUCAUUCUGGAACUUGAUUAAAGUAAGACUGUCCUUUU